UGGCCUCCCCGUAGCAUUUUACUGCAAUCACCCACAGCAGUUCAGCUUUGGGUUCCCUAGCGUUCUGAGGUGUGUCGUCCGUCCGUCUCUGUCCGAUUCUCCAUCCUUUUAAUCCUUCCAGAAUAUUUUGUCGCCGACAACUCCCGCGUUAAAUUGCAGUUGGCAGUCGAGCCCACAUAUUUGCUGGAGUGACGUCAUUAUCUUUAAAAGGAAACUGGGUGAAGCAUUUGUCGAGAGCGCAGAGCACGGCGGAGCGCUAGUGCGAUAGGUCCCGAUAGAUCGGGAGGAGGUGAAUGUGAAUCUGUGCUUUACGACAACGAAAAUUGAUUGCGAAUACAAUUCGAAAGAUUUACUUGAGAUCGUUUCCAGUGUUUUAUUAUAAAAAAGUGCCUAAAAGUGUGAUUUUGAAUAAAGUUACUUUUUUUACCAGGUAAAAAUAUCCCCUUUCAAGUGUUCAACUCGUAGCAAGAAGAUAAUGCUUAUGUGGACUGUCAUCUCUUCAUGACAUAAGGCGGCACGCGAACGCAGUGAUGCCGUACUACAGCGGGUCGGUGGCGGCCGUGCCGUCCGGGCCCGUGGCCUACAAGGUGCCGACGAGCACGUCGCGGUACACCUCUUCCUACCGCUCGGGCGGCUCCCUGGAGCGCUCCUACUACAGCGGCUCCAGCAGCGGCAGCAGCUACCUCAGCCGCUCCACCGGCUCCUCCUCCUCGUCCUACACGUCGGAGUACCGCAGCAAAUUCACUUCCCCGGCCAGGACAGCAGUAUUUUGAGUUCUUCACCUCAUCUUGCAAGAGCAGGCUCACGAUGCACAGGGAGUGAACGUGGUGGUUUAUCAGGGCUCAGAAAUAUUGGCAACACUUGUUUCAUGAAUUCAGUAAUCCAGUGCCUAAGUAAUACAAAACCCCUUUUGGAGUAUUUACUUGGAGAUGCUUACUUAUCGGAUAUCAAUACAACAUCCCAGAUCCAGAGGUUUGCUCCUCGCUUUAUGGGUUACAGUCAGCAAGAUGCCCAAGAGUUCUUGCGUUACUUGCUCGAAGGCUUGCAUGAAGAUGUUAAUCGUGUUACCAGCAAGCCUAAACCUAUCCUCACGGAAAUAGAUGAUUCUCUAAGUGACCAGCAGAAGUCAGCCGAGGCGUGGAAAAGAUAUUUGCGAAUGGAUGACAGCAAGGUAGUUGAUAUAUUUGUUGGUCAGCUCAAGUCAACUCUUCGCUGCACUGUGUGUGGUCACUGUUCAGUGACGUUCGACCCUUUUUGGGAUUUGUCUCUUCCCAUACCAACUCGAACUGGUCAGGUGCGGCUACAACAGUGCCUAGAUAGCUUCACUCGGGAAGAAGUACUAGAUGGUGAUGAGAAACCAACAUGUGCUAAAUGCCAGACACGGCGCAAAUGUACAAAGAACUUUACUAUACAGAAUGAAGCAUACGUGUUGUUUUAUGAACUUUCUGGACAUAGUUCACAUUUAUAA